UAAGAAAGAAUAAGAAGCUUCAUAUUUCCAGAAUAGAAUGUAGGAAGGAACACAUUUUAUGCACAGCUAAGAAUUUAGUUCAUCUUGAUAGUUGAUAGUUUCAUUAGUUUAAUUCUCUGAAUAAGCAAAGCACAGAAAAUAUUCUCUAGUCCAAUUUUUUUUUGGGGGGGGGGUUCACCAAGAUUUAAAUGUCAAAUUGAGGUUACUCGAACCAACUCUAAGUUCUCCACUGGGGUGUGGAAGGAGGGCUUCCCACUGCUCGUUGCUGGCACAUAGAACCCGACUGAUCUCUGGGGGCUGACCUGUACCCUGAAACCUCACUAAACUGACUUACAGGUCCUACGAGCUUUCUGUAGCUGCCUUGGGGUUUUACGUAGACAGCCGUGUCCUCUGUGAAUAAGGCCAGUUUCACUCCUUCCGAUGCAAUAUGGACGUCUGUUAUUUAUGUUUUUCCUUACCUGAUUUCCUAGCCUGAUUGCACAGGCUAGAACAGUAGUCCCAUGCCCAAUAAACGUGUUGGGAGUGGACAUACUUGUCUUGUGUUGAUUUUAGGUGGAUCACACACAGUCUCUCAUUAUUAAUUGGGAGGUUUGCUGUAGGUGUUUUGCAGAUGCCCUUUAUCAGGUCUAGAAGCCUCCUGACUAUCUCUUGCUUGAACACUUUUAUCAUACACAGUGUUGAAUUUCGUCAGAUGUUCUUCUGCACCAGUCAGUAUGACCCUGCAGUUCUUCAUCUUUAGGUGCUUGACUGGUAUCCUGUGUUGACUUGAGACAUUUCUCAUUUUCGAAUUUAAUGGUAUGAAUUCUCCUCUGAGCUCUGCUUUAGCUCCAUCCCACAACUUUAGACAUGAUGUGUUCUCAUUUUCCUCAAAAUAUUUUCUAAUUUCUCUUGAGAUUUCACCUUUGACCCAUGGAUUAUUUAGAAUUGUGUUUUUUACUUUCCAAAUUUUUGGACAUUUUCCUGUUAUUUUUUUGGUCUCCAGUUUUAUAUCUUUAUGGCAAGAGAACUUAGUUUGUAUGAUUUCCAUUCUUUACAAAUGUGUUGCAUUCCCUUUUCUGGGGCAGAAUGCUCUCUCUCCUGGUGAAUGGUUCACAUCUAUUGGAGGAGCUCUGCAUUCCUCGGCUGUUGGAUGGAGUGCUCUAUAAAUGCCAAACACACCUGCUUAUUGAUGGUUUGUUCAGACUCUUCUCUACCCUUGCUCAUGCUCCAUCUACUUGUUCUGUUGAUUAAGAACAGAUUCUUAAACUUUGAACAAGUCUUGUGCACCAAAUGAAACGACAUUCUCUUAAAUGUUUCAAGCAUCCCAUAAAACUCUGCCGGAAAUGUUGAUAGAACCAGCUCUGACACCUGCCCAAACAUCACCACCAGGGUGACGGUGGUCUCAUAACUCUGAUUUCUGUCUGUUCUGGAGGGUUACAGACAUACUCACUGGCCCUGGGGGACAGAGUGGCCACUCAGGCCCUGCACAGCCUUAGCCGUCACACAGCCCACCUUUCACUGACCAGAGGUUCUGGGAGGAUUAGGACAUCCUUCUCCCAGGAGGAGCUGCCUCGGCUUCACCAUCCUUUCUGAGCUGUAAUUGUUGUUUGCAACCUGGGAUCACACACAUUCUAACUUUGCCCCUUUUGUGAAGUUUAAUUUAUUAUUUAUAGUUCUCUUUUUGAUGUGCAGCUCUAUGAGCUUGGAAAAAUGUAUUCGUCUUUGUAACUGCCAGUUCCCUCACCCCCAAAUUCCCUCAAGCCCCUUGGUGUUCAGCCCUUGACUCCGAGCCCCUGUGGCCUCAAUUCUAAGUGUAUAGGCACCCUACAACAAAUCAUCAAAAAUACAUGAGGCAAAAACUGAUACGGAGAAAUAGAACUGGAUGGAGAAGUAGAAAAACCUAUAGUUAUACUUGGAGAUUUCAAUAUGCCUUUCUUUGUAACUAACAAGACAGACAGAAAAUUAGCAAGAACACAGAUCUGAUCUGAGCAGCACCUCCCUGAUCUAAUUGAUAUUUAAAGAACUUUCCACGCAAUAACAGCAGAAUACACAUUCUUUUUGAGUGUGCCUGGAACAUUUAUCAAAAUAGACUAUAUUCUGCGUUAUAAAAUAAACCUUAAUGAAUGUAAAAGAACUGAGGUCCUACAAAGCAUUUUUUCCUCACCAUAACAGGAUCAAACUAGAAAUAAAUAAUAGAAAGAUAACAGGAAAAUCUCCAAACAUUUGGAAAGUAAAUAACAUAGUUUUAAGUAAUCCAUGAGUCACAGCAGAAGUCUAAGGAAAGUAGGAAUUAUUUUAACCGGAACAUAAUUGUAAACACAAAAACGCGUGGGAUGUGUCUUAGAGGGAAAUUGGUAGCAUUAAAUGCUUAUUAUGUUAGAAAAGAAGAACUAUCCCAAAUGAGUGGCCUUAAGAAAUUAGAAAAAGGGCAAAUUAAUUACAAAGCAAGCAGAAGGAAGGAAAUAAUAAAGAGUAGAAAUUGAUGAAACUGAAAACAAACACAAAAAAUAUAGAAAAAAUCCAUGAAAACAAAAGCUGUUUCUUUGAAAAGAUCAGUCAAGUUAAUAAACCUCUAGCAAGACUGACCAAGAAAAAAAGAAACAUACAAUGUUUCUUUUAUAAUAUAAGGGAUGAAAGGGGUGUUGUCAUCAGCGACCUUACAGUAGGUAUAAAAAAGAUAAUAAGGGAACUUUAUAAAUAACGCUAGGCCCAUAAAUUGGAAAACUAACAUGAAAUAGACCAAAUUUUUGGCAGACAGACUACCACAUUCGCUCAGAAGACACAGUCUGUUAAAGAGAUAGAUGUGUUAAAAAAAAAAAAAGUGACAUCACCGUCAAAACCCACCUAACAAACUCCAGGCCCAGAUGGCUUCACUGGCCAAUUAUUCCAACAUUUAAGGAAAAGUUAAUAUCAAUUUCAUGAAAUCUACUAAGGAAAAUAGGAGAGAAGGGAGCACUUCCCAUCUCGUUUGAGGAAGCCAGCAUUAUUCAGGUGCGCGAACCAGAGGGUCCCACAGAGCCAUUCAGCUGGACCGACACUCAGGGCCCCUUUAAUGAUGGGGCUCCAGGCCGCCUGUCACGGCAAUUUCAGGAAGUCCAUAGAGACUUCUCGCUGUAACACAUUUUCCCUGGAUGCUCUUUCUGUGCACGUCUAUGAUCGGACAGAGGACAGUCGGGGCUGGGCUCUCAGCACAGCCAUGGGUCUGCUCCCACACAGUCUUGUCUGCGUGGACCUGUGACCCUCCCUCCAGCCUCCCAGGCUCCCACAGUCCUGUAUUGGCAGAGGGGGGUGAUGGGCAGGUGAGUUUGUAGCUGUGAUGGGUGCAGGGUGAGAGGUUUCUCACUGGGGGCUUUUCUUUCCUCUGUGAAGAAACAGGUGACCACGGCACUGCCGAACUCCCUGAGUCUUCUCCCGUGCCUUUGCUGGCGAUAGUUCACCUGUGGCUGUGAUGUAGGCACCAUUUCCUAGGCCUGUAACCCCAGGCUGAGGGGCACACACUUGCUCAGGGUCACAGGCUCCGAGGUGAUGGAGUGGGGUUGGCCACUCCGUUGUCAGCCUGGAGGGUGGAGGGUGAGGCAGUGAUGGUGGGUGAUUGAAGGUGGUCCCGCGAACCAGACGAGAGUCAGCUUCCUGGAAUGGGAUGCAGGGCCCUGGGUCCGGGUCUGCAAUCAUUGUGGGGAGACGAGCCAGGGUAGAAGAGAGGGUUGGGUCGGAGGGGUGUCCGAGGGAGGGUGAGUGUGGACCUUGUGCCUCACGCACCGCGGAUCGCCAGGGGGAGGCGCCUGAGCGCCAGGGUCUUGCGGUUGGAGCCGGGGCUGCUCCAGUCUUCCCGCGCCUGGGGGAACCAGCCAGAGAAGAAUGUUCUCCCGACGCCGCUUGAACGGAAUGGAGUGAGAACCCGAUCCGGCUCCGCCUUGAGGCGCCUCCAGAAGCGUCCCUGGGGAAGGGAGCCCAACUUGGGCGCAAGUAGGGACCCGGGGGUCUCCGCGGCCGCACGGGACGGCGCUGGCGUGGGUGCGCGCAAGCCUCGGAGUAUGGUCCCGCCGACCUUUCAUCUCGUGGGCUUCCCCUGGCGCAGACCCGCGCAUGCCCCCAGCCCUGCGGUGGGCCCGCCCGUGCGAAUCACGUCGCUUAAUUCGCAUCUCAUUGAGCUGUUGCAUUUGUCCAUCCGCCCGUCUCCCGCGGCGCUAAAUCCAACAUGAGCACAUACAGGGUGCAUCCUAGGGCUCCCAGGGCCCACCGAGCCGGGGCGGACCCCGAGGCUCAAGGCCAGGCUGGGGCGGACCCGAGGGGCGGGGCUCCCGGAUUCGCGACCUGGUCACUGUCCACAGUGCUGAGCUCCCUCUGGGGCGCUUGGAGCCCGAGAGCCAUGGGGAACCUCAGCGCCGCGGACGUGCUGCUGGCGGGACGCGGGCCGGGCACCGGCGGCGGCACGGGGGAGCCGGCGGGACUGGAGGGGCCUGGGGCAGCAGCGGCGCUCGUGGGGGGCGUACUGCUCAUCGGGGCUGUGCUCGCGGGGAACACGCUCGUGUGCGUGAGCGUGGCGGCCGAGCGCGCCCUGCAGACGCCCACCAACUACUUCAUCGUGAGCCUAGCGGCCGCGGAUCUCCUACUAGCUCUGCUCGUGCUGCCGCUCUUCGUCUACUCUGAGGUCCAGGGCGGAGUGUGGCUGCUGAGCCCCGGCCUCUGCGACGCGCUCAUGGCCAUGGACGUCAUGCUGUGCACCGCCUCCAUCUUCAACCUGUGCGCAAUCAGCGUGGACAGGUUCGUGGCGGUGGCGGUGCCCCUGCGCUACAACAGCCAGAGCUGGGGCGGGCGUCAGCUGCUGCUCAUCGGCGCCACGUGGCUGCUGUCGGCGGCGGUGGCAGCGCCCUUGCUGUGCGGCCUCAACGACGCGCGCGGCCGCGACCCCGCCGUGUGCCGCCUGGAGAACCGCGACUACGUGGUCUACUCGUCCCUGUGUUCCUUCUUCCUGCCCUGCCCGCUCAUGCUGCUGCUCUACUGGGCCACGUUCCGGGGCCUGCGACGCUGGGAAGCCGCCCGCCGCACCAAACUGCACGGCCGCGCGCCCCGCCGGCCCAGUGGCCCAGGCCCGCCGCCUGCUGAAGCCCUGGCGCCCCCCGAGGCCACCCGGGCCGAACAUGCCCGCAGGAGGAGGGGCGUCCAGAUCACGGGCCAGGAGCGCAAGGCCAUGAGAGUCCUACCCAUGGUGGUCGGGGCCUUCCUGGUCUGCUGGACGCCCUUCUUCGUGGUGCACGUCACCGGGGCGCUGUGUCCCGCCUGCGCUGUGCCCCCGCGGCUGGUCAGCGCGGUCACCUGGCUGGGUUACGUCAACAGCGCCAUUAACCCGGUCAUCUACACGGCCUUCAACGCCGAGUUCCGCACGGUCUUCCGCAAAGCCCUGCGUCUCUGCUGCUGAGCAGACCCCACCGCACCCCAUCCGCUGCGACUUCCCCACCUUGCCUGGGGGGGGGCAAGCCCCAGCAAGGGCAGGGGGCGCUUUUGUAAUAAAAUGGAUUCCUUCCUAAAAACAUCCACCCAGAAGACUCAUAGGGGAUGGAGGUGGGUAGGAGGGGGGCAAG